AUGUGUCACGUAACGGCGGCUACCCAGUCCUUUCAAGAUGUGCUAGAGGACGACAGUCAAGUCUGCCGACUUAGCGGGAGUAGCCAAGUUCAUGGCCCACUCCUCGAGGCGAAGGAGUCAAGUGGUCUGCUUUAUGACCUUCCACGAAGUCUUUUGCCUACUAUUGAGACAGAAGAGACUUCCAGAUGGAUUGCUCCAAGUUACAUGCCCCACCCAUCUCAACUUCCGUGCCUUCAUAUCAUCAGAUAUUGA